AAGCUGCACAUUGCAUGGUGCAUUCAUUCAUUCGUUCCUUUUAAUCUCUUGUUUCCAUACCUAAGGUAUUAAUAUUCGUUCUUCGCCAUGUGGUCGGUCAUUCAGCAACGCCGGCUCCGACGACAAGCGGAGUCUCAGCGCAACGACAGCCAGACCGAGAAAGGCGGCCGAACAAGCUCCGGGCAAGCGACGGAUGGCGAUGCCGAGAAACCUGGCCAAUUUAAUAGUCAAGACAACAAGAUCUGGGUCAAGACAACCGGCGACGAUGACCCCAUCGACCCGCGUAACUGGCCCCUGCUCGACCGGUCCAAGAACAUCGCCAUCCUGGCCUAUCUCAUCUUCGUCCAGGCAUGGGCCGGCGCCGCAGAGUCCAUGGCCAACAGCGCUGCGAGCCAGGAGCAGGGCCACAGCAAGGUGGCCGAGAACCUGACCAUAGCCAUGUACCUGUUCGGCAUCGGGAUCGGUUCGCUAUUCGCCGGGCCUGUGUCGGAGUCAGUCGGCCGGAACCCGACCUAUCUCGUCUCGACGUUUUGUUUCCUGUUCUUUGUUCUCGGGGCGGCCAUGGCGCCGACAUUUGGCGGCCGGAUCGCAUGGCGAUUCCUCAUGGGCCUCUCUGCCAGCCCCACGCUGGCGAUCAACGGUUCGAGCGUGAAAGACCAGUUCCGGCCGGUCAAGAGGGCGUUUGUGUUUCCGAUUAUUGCGUGGGCGAAUGUGGCCGCCCCAAUGAUUGCGCCGGUCGCAGGUGGCUGGAUAGUCGAGAGUCGCGGUCUGGGAUGGCGCUGGACCGAAUGGACCACGCUCAUUAUUUCGGCGCCUGCAUUUAUUCUGGCUCUCCUCUUUCUCCCCGAGACGUACCUCCCCAUCUUGCUCGACUGGAAAGCUGCUGGUCUUCGCCGGGCCACCGGUGACGACCGCUACGUAUCGCAGCAUGCGGAAUCAAGCACCUUCAAGGAACGGUUGAAGAAACAGGCCACAAUGCCGGCCAGGUUUUUCUUCACCGAGCCCGUUGUUGCUGUAUUGGGCAUCUAUCUUAUCCUGGUUUACAUCCUCCUGUUCACCUUCCUCUCGGGCUUCGACUACAUCUUCAAGGACACUUACGGCCUCUCGACCGGAAUGACCGGCUCAUGCUUCGCGGCGAUUGCGGCAGGGACCACCGCAUACACCCUCUUAGCGCCGGGGCUUAACAGUUGGUCGCGGAGGAAGACGGAGUAUGUUAAGGGCGCCCCCGUGGAACCCGAGUUCCGCCUCUGGUCGGGCAUUGUGGCCGGCCCGCUCUUGCCGCUCUCGCUGUUCUGGCUCGGGUGGGGAGACUACAGCAGCGUCUCCAUCUGGUGCAGUCUCGCGGCGUGCUUCCUCUUUGGCAUUGCCGUGCUCGCCAUCUACGUCAGCAGCUAUGAGUACAUCAUCGACAGCUACGGCGAACACUCUGCCGUGGCCCUGUCGAGCAUCACCUGCGUUCGGUAUAUGGUGGCGGGGGGAGUGGUCAUGGCAUCGAGGCCCAUGUACAGCGGCAUUGGAGUGCAUUGGACGCUGACCCUGCUCGGCUGCAUCGCUGCUUUGCUGGCACCCGCGCCCCUGGUGUUCUGGAAGUUGGGGCUAAAGCUUAGGAGAAAGAGUCCAUAUGCUGAGAGUCCGGAUGAGGAUAAGUAAGAAUGGGAUUUCAGGUAUUUAGGAUCUGAGGGAUAGAAAUGAUACCCUUUUGCCAGCAG